GCCAACAGAUCUAAUUGAUCCUACACCCGGUUUCUUGGAGCAUCAUGCGCUUGUUCCUAGUCGCGGUUUUGGCCGCUUAUUUGGCCUACGCAUCGGCCCAAUCUGAAUCUAAAACGGUAACAUCAGUGGCCACUCCAGUCAUAAAGGCGCAGCCGUGUUGUGAAAGUGUUCGUCAAACUCUUAUUGAAAUACGAAAAGAUAUACGCCUGUGGCUACUCGACAGGCUUUUCGGAAAACUAGUUCUUUUGCACGACGGAGAACUUCUCGGCAAUCCAAAUUAUGUGAAUUGUGUCAACGGAAAAAAACAGCUACCACUCUUAGAUGGAAGCUCUAUUACGGAUCAAUCUGCAUCUACUACAACUGUAGUAAAUGUCAUUCCGGGAUCCUCUUCAAAUGCUGAUGGAAACUCUAACCAAUCCUCAACAACGACGACAACCACAACGACAACCUCAUCCAAUGAGGGCCAAUCCACCACCUCAUCUGACCCAACUGUAGAAUCUACUCAGGGAACAAACGGAGAAAGCAGCUCCACUCAAUCUUCGUCCUCUUCCACAACUACAACAUCUUCAGAUGAAGGUCAAACUGCCUCCUCUUCGGCUCCUGUCGUAGAAGUCACUCAGGGCUCCUCUUCGAAUGCUGAUGGAAACUCAACCCUAUCCUCGACAACGACGACAACCACAACGACAACAUCAUCCGAUGAGGGUCAAUCCACCUCCUCUCCGGCUCCUGUCGUAGAAGUCACUCAGGGCUCCUCUUCGAAUGCUGAUGGAAACUCUAGCCAGUCGUCGACAACGACGACAACUACAACGACGACAUCUUCCGAUUCAGGAAACCCCACCACCUCAUCUGACCCAAUUGUAGUAGCUACUCAGGGAACAAACGGAGAUAGCAGCUCCACUCAAUCUUCGUCCUCUUCCACAACUAUAACAACUUCCGAUGAUGGUCAAUCCUCCUCCUCCCCGGCUCCUGUCGUAGAAGUCACUCAGGGCUCCUCUUCGAAUGCUGAUGGAAACUCAACCCAGUCCUCGACAACGACGACAACCACAACGACAACAUCAUCCGAUGAGGGUCAAUCCACCUCCUCUCCGGCUCCUGUCGUAGAAGUCACUCAGGGCUCCUCUUCGAAUGCUGAUGGAAACUCAACCCAGUCCUCGACAACGACGACAACCACAACGACAACAUCAUCCGAUGAGGGUCAAUCCGCCUCCUCUCCGGCUCCUGUCGUAGAAGUCACUCAGGGCUCCUCUUCGAAUGCUGAUGGAAACUCUAGCCAGUCGUCGACAACGACGACAACUACAACGACGACAUCUUCCGAUUCAGGAAACCCCACCACCUCAUCUGACCCAAUUGUAGUAGCUACUCAGGGAACAAACGGAGAUAGCAGCUCCACUCAAUCUUCGUCCUCUUCCACAACUAUAACAACUUCCGAUGACGGUCAAUCCUCCUCCUCCCCGGCUCCUGUCGUAGAAGUCACUCAGGGCUCCUCUUCGAAUGCUGAUGGAAACUCAACCCUAUCCUCGACAACGACGACAACCACAACGACAACAUCAUCCGAUGAAGGUCAAUCCGCCUCCUCUCCGGCUCCUGUCGUAGAAGUCACUCAGGGCUCCUCUUCGAAUGCUGAUGGAAACUCUAGCCAGUCGUCGACAACGACGACAACUACAACGACGACAUCUUCCGAUUCAGGAAACCCCACCACCUCAUCUGACCCAAUUGUAGUAGCUACUCAGGGAACAAACGGAGAUAGCAGCUCCACUCAAUCUUCGUCCUCUUCCACAACUAUAACAACUUCCGAUGACGGUCAAUCCUCCUCCUCCCCGGCUCCUGUCGUAGAAGUCACUCAGGGCUCCUCUUCGAAUGCUGAUGGAAACUCAACCCAGUCCUCGACAACGACGACAACCACAACGACAACAUCAUCCGAUGAGGGUCAAUCCACCUCCUCUCCGACUCCUGUCGUAGAAGUCACUCAGGGCUCCUCUUCGAAUGCUGAUGGAAACUCUAGCCAGUCGUCGACAACGACGACAACUACAACGACGACAUCUUCCGAUUCAGGAAACCCCACCACCUCAUCUGACCCAAUUGUAGUAGCUACUCAGGGAACAAACGGAGGUAGCAGCUCCACUCAGUCUUCGUCCUCUUCCACAACUAUAACAACUUCCGAUGACGGUCAAUCCUCCUCCUCCCCGGCUCCUGUCGUAGAAGUCACUCAGGGCUCCUCUUCGAAUGCUGAUGGAAACUCAACCCAGUCCUCGACAACGACGACAACCACAACGACAACAUCAUCCGAUGAGGGUCAAUCCGCCUCCUCCCCGGCUCCUGUUGUAGAAGUCCCUCAGGGCUCCUCUUCGAAUGCUGAUGGAAACUCAACCCAGUCCUCGACAACGACGACAACCACAACGACAACAUCAUCCGAUGAGGGUCAAUCCACCUCCUCUCCGGCUCCUGUCGUAGAAGUCACUCAGGGCUCCUCUUCGAAUGCUGAUGGAAACUCUAGCCAGUCGUCGACAACGACGACAACUACAACGACGACAUCAUCCGAUGAGGGAAACCCCACCACCUCAUCUGACCCAAUUGUAGUAGCUACUCAGGGAACAAACGGAGGUAGCAGCUCCACUCAGUCUUCGUCCUCUUCCACAACUAUAACAACUUCCGAUGACGGUCAAUCCUCCUCCUCCCCGGCUCCUGUCGUAGAAGUCACUCAGGGCUCAUCUUCGAAUGCUGAUGGAAACUCAACCCAGUCCUCGACAACGACGACAACCACAACGACAACAUCAUCCGAUGAGGGUCAAUCCGCCUCCUCCCCGGCUCCUGUUGUAGAAGUCCCUCAGGGCUCCUCUUCGAAUGCUGAUGGAAACUCAACCCAGUCCUCGACAACGACGACAACCACAACGACAACAUCAUCCGAUGAGGGUCAAUCCACCUCCUCUCCGGCUCCUGUCGUAGAAGUCACUCAGGGCUCCUCUUCGAAUGCUGAUGGAAACUCUAGCCAGUCGUCGACAACGACGACAACUACAACGACGACAUCAUCCGAUGAGGGAAACCCCACCACCUCAUCUGACCCAAUUGUAGUAGCUACUCAGGGAACAAACGGAGGUAGCAGCUCCACUCAGUCUUCGUCCUCUUCCACAACUACAACAACUUCCGAUGAGGGUCAAUCCGCCUCCUCCCCGGCUCCUGUCGUAGAAGUCACUCAGGGCUCCUCUUCGAAUGCUGAUGGAAACUCAACCCAGUCCUCGACAACGACGACAACCACAACAACAACAUCAUCCGAUGAGGGUCAAUCCACCUCCUCCCCGGCUCCUGUCGUAGAAGUCGCUAAGGGAUCCUCUUCGAAUGCUGAUGGCAACUCUAACCAAUCCUCGACUACGACGACCACAUCAAACAUCAAAGUCUCUCAAGGAACAAAUGGUGGCAGUAGUGGAAGCCCUAAAUGGACUAAAGCCACAAAAACAUAUUCGUCAAAAACUGUAAGAGUUCCGAAGUCAAGCAGAAACUCUAGCUCUAGCGAAACUUCAACAACCAUAACGACAAGUUCUUCCUCCACUCCUCAGACCAAAUAUUCUUGGUUACGCUCUUCAAAGAAAUCGUAUAUUGGUGGCAAGUCUAUAAAAUAUCGGACCAAGCGCUGGACUAAAAAGUCACGUAAAAAUACCGAUGGUAGUUCCACUAUUAUUGCAGAGGAAUCGUCUGACUCAAUAACAGAUGCUGGCGUUGAUGGCACCCAAGGAAAUGUCUUGAACGAUGUUACCAAGGAAACCUCAAUUAGCAAUGGUGGGAAUACCACCCGAUCAUCAACCACAACAACAACAACAACUACGACCACCAAAGGAAGUAAGCAGUCAGGUAUCUUAACUGUUCCUGCGGUUGAUGCCAGCAUAGUGGCUAAUGGGUUAAUAUCGUCAUCAAAAACUACGACCACAUCCACAAAAGGAAGUAAAUCAUCCAAUACCGUGUCCCUACCGGAAGUUGAUGCCAGCUUAGCCAUCAACGGCGAUGUUUCCCUCCCAAAGAUAGACUUGAGUCUGCCUCAACUUGAUGCCAGUGUAAAUGUUAAUGGUGGAAAGUCAAGCUCUACUUCAUCUACAACAACUACGACAACAUCCACAAAAGCAAGUAAACCAUCCUUGUCUCUUCCGAAAGUUGAUGCCAGCUUAGCUAUCAACGGCGAUGUUUCCCUCCCAAAGAUAGACUUGAGUCUGCCUAAGCUUGAUGCCAGUCUAAAUGUUAAUGGUGGAAAGUCAAGCUCUACAUCAUCUACAACAACUACGACCACAUCCACAAAAGCAAGUAAACCAUCCUUGUCUCUCCCGAAAGUAGAUGCCAGCUUAGCCAUCAACGGCGAUGUUUCCCUCCCAAAGAUAGACUUGAGUCUGCCUCAACUUGAUGCCAGUGUAAAUGUUAAUGGUGGAAAGUCAAGCUCUACAUCAUCUACAACAACUACGACAACACCCACAAAAGCAAGUAAACCAUCCUUGUCUCUUCCGAAAGUUGAUGCCAGCUUAGCUAUCAACGGCGAUGUUUCCCUCCCAAAGAUAGACUUGAGUCUGCCUAAACUUGAUGCCAGUCUAAAUGUUAAUGGUGGAAAGUCAAGCUCUACAUCAUCUACAACAACUACGACAACAUCCACAAAAGCAAGUAAACCAUCCUUGUCUCUUCCGGAAGUUGAUGCCAGCUUAGCCAUCAACGGCGAUGUUUCCCUCCCAAAGAUUGACUUGAGUCUGCCUAAACUUGAUGCCAGUCUAAAUGUUAAAGGUGGAAAGUCAAGCUCUACAUCAUCUACAACAACUACGACCACAUCCACAAAAGCAAGUAAACCAUCCUUGUCUCUCCCGAAAGUAGAUGCCAGCUUAGCCAUCAACGGCGAUGUUUCCCUCCCAAAGAUAGACUUGAGUCUGCCUCAACUUGAUGCCAGUGUAAAUGUUAAUGGUGGAAAGUCAAGCUCUACAUCAUCUACAACAACUACGACAACAUCCACAACAGCAAGUAAACCAUCCUUGUCUCUUCCGAAAGUUGAUGCCAGCUUAGCUAUCAACGGCGAUGUUUCCCUCCCAAAGAUAGACUUGAGUCUGCCUAAACUUGAUGCCAGUCUAAAUGUUAAUGGUGGAAAGUCAAGCUCUACAUCAUCUACAACAACUACGACCACAUCCACAAAAGCAAGUAAACCAUCCUUGUCUCUCCCGAAAGUUGAUGCCAGCUUAGCCAUCAACGGCGAUGUUUCCCUCCCAAAGAUAGACUUGAGUCUGCCUCAACUUGAUGCCAGUCUAAAUGUUAAUGGUGUAAAGUCAAGCUCUACAUCAUCUACAACAACUACGACAACAUCCACAAAAGCAAGUAAACCAUCCUUGUCUCUUCCGGAAGUUGAUGCCAGCUUAGCCAUCAACGGUGAUGUAUCCCUCCCAAAGAUAGACUUGAGUCUGCCUCAACUUGAUGCCAGUCUAAAUGUUAAUGGUGGAAAGUCAAGCUCUACAUCAUCUACAACAACUACGACAACAUCCACAAAGGGAAGUAAGACAUCGAAAAUCUUGUCUCUGCCGAAAGUUGAUGCCAUCAUAAAGACGAUUAAACCCACAAACAUUUUUCCAAAGAUAGUCUUGAGUCUGCCUAAACUUGAUGCCAGUCUAAAUGUUAAUGGUGGAAAGUCAAGCUCUACAUCAUCUACAACAACUACGACAACAUCCACGAAAGCAAGUAAACCAUCCUUGUCUCUUCCGGAAGUUGGUGCCAGCUUAGCCAUCAACGGCGAUGUUUCCCUCCCAAAGAUUGACUUGAGUCUGCCUCAACUUGAUGCCAGUCUAAAUGUUAAUGGUGGAAAGUCAAUCUCUACAUCAUCUACAACAACUACGACAACAUCUACAAAAGCAAGUAAACCAUCCUUGUCUCUUCCGGAAGUUGAUGGCUCUACAUCAUCUACAACAACUACGACAACAUCCACAAAAGCAAGUAAACCAUCCUUGUCUCUUCCGGAAGUUGAUGCCAGCUUAGCCAUCAACGGCGAUGUAUCCCUCCCAAAGAUAGACUUGAGUCUGCCUAAACUUGAUGCCAGUCUAAAUGUUAAUGGUGGAAAGUCAAGCUCUACAUCAUCUACAACAACUACGACAACUUCCACAAAGGGAAGUAAGACAUCGAAAAUCUUGUCUCUGCCGAAAGUUGAUGCCAUCAUAAAGACGAUUAAACCCACAAACAUUUUUCCGAAGAUAGUCUUGAGUCUGCCUAAACUUGAUGCCAGUCUAAAUGUUAAUGGUGGAAAGUCAAGCUCUACAUCGUCAACAACAACUACGACUACAUCCACAAAAGGAAGUAAAUCAUCCAAUACCUUGUCUCUUCCGGAAGUUGAUGCCAACUUAUCCAUCAACGGCGUUGAGUCCCUCUCAAAGAUUGACUUGAGUCUGCCUCAACUUGAUGCCAGUCUAAAUGUUAAUGGUGGAAAGUCAAGCUCUACAUCAUCUACAACAACUACGACAACAUCUACAAAAGGAAGUAAAUCGUCUGAAACCUUGUCUGUACCGAAAGUUGAUGCCGGCAUAUCUAUUGAUGGCGGAAUAUCAGGAUCAACAUCCACUAAGACCAUUAAAAUAGCCUCAAACAACUCUGUAGCUCCCAAGUCUAGUUCUACAUCCAAAACUACGACCACAACCACUACAUCAAAAACUUCAUCGGUCCCAAAGCAAAUAUCCAACCCUAUUCGGUUAACCCUACCUACCAUUAACGCAGGUAUUACUGUUGGUGGAGGAGAUGCUUCGGGCUCGUGGUCGAAGCUAAUUAAGAGGAGCACCAGCAGCGGUGAGACGAAUGCCAGUGAUGGUUCAUCUCUUUCCGGUUCUAUUGUAGGUGCAGGUGGAUCUCGAGCUGGGGAAUCAUGGUCUCAGCGAUCGGGAUUUUCUGGUGACAGUUCCAGUGCGAAGAGAUCGCAGUCCCAAAGCACGAAGUCUUGGACCCGAAGCGCUACCCAAGGCAGCGAAAGCUUGGCUGAUGGUGCAGUAUCCGCCGAUGGCCUGAAUGUGGAGGGAUCGGAGAGUUCCAAUGACGCAACUGCGAUCCAAGAUGGAUCUGUCGGUGUAACCGGACAAUAUCCAUACUGGUGGGGCAACGGACGUUGGGUUGGUGUUGGAGCCAGGCCAAGUUGGAGAUAUGGAUGGCGUCCUUAUGGAAGCGGAUGGGGCAGAUGGAACAAUCAAUAUUAGAGUUGGUUCGUGAGAAUGGCUAAGGCCAAGGUAAUACGGCUCAAGACUUUAAUGUACACGA